GUGUCUGUAAAGCACAAAGUGAGCAUAAAGUGUAAUGGACAAAUGCAUUCGCCCGGCUCCGAGUCACGUUAAUAAGAUCGUUGCAUAAAGGACGAAAAGUCAGAAAAUCUGCUUACCUGUCUACCAUUUAAAAAGGCCGUGCGUCUGCUCGGUACUAAGGGGCUCGGUACUGACGUUCUCGGAUGACCAAAUCUUGAGAUAUGAAACGGGUACAUGAAAAAACCUACGAGCCCGAGGAAGCAGUGCCACUCGCGAACGACGGUGCUACUCUGCGCUUGGUUUCUGUUGACCAAAUGGUUGCAAUGAUUUCUUCUUCUAAUCAUACGCACAAAGACAUUAAGCACUCCAUGCUUGCAUAAUAUGAGCCGUUUGCAGUGACCAUCCGAAAAAAUUAUUCGAAUCACCGACCUCUUCGACCUCGCUACUCUCAUUGAGCGUAUGGCUUGUUCAGCUGUGUUCUGCCACAUCUAUUGUUACAUGCUGUUGCGCUCGGUGGUGAGCUCGAUCUUCUGUCGAAUUGCGACGUAAAAAUUCAUCUUUUCUCUCAGCGUCGACCUCACGCACAGCAGGCGUUAGCUCUGGAUUGAGCGAAAAAAUUGACGGGGACGGAAUUCAUCGACGUCCGAUUAGAAGCGGCACACGUGGGCUGCUAACAGAGGAGGCGGGUGGCAUGUGGCUAACAGCAGCCUCGCGCUAUGUUUCGCACCAGCUAAUCAUGUCGGCCUGGCGUAGGAAGCCCGUCGUGCUGUUCACUAUCCUGGCGGUGACGUUGCUCGUACUUUUCGUGCAGUACUCGCAGGUCGUCGGCGAGCCCCGAACGCCGCGGAUUGGUUCGGCAAGCGCUAAUGGCAAUAACAACGGGUUCAAGGAUCCCGAACCUCCCAUGCAGAGUCAAAUUGUCGGAUACAAUGCCCAACCGCAACAAUCCCAACACCAGAAAUUAACCGCUGGCGGCAAUGGGCCAGACGGCGGUGAAACAAAUGGAGCGCAGGCAGACGCCCCUUCGCGAAAUGCAGGCGUCAGUCAAGAUAAACGACAAAUGUAUCCUUCGGGUCCAUUGCCUGAGCCAUAUACAGCACCUCCAGGCGCCCCAUUACAUCGAAUUGUCCAUUUCGAUCUGAAGGGAGCUCCGCCAAAGAUCAGUUAUAUCAAAAAGGUUCUUCCUAUCAUCCAACAAGCCGGCGCAACAGGUGUCAUGCUGGAAUACGAAGACAUGUUCCCGUACAGUGGCUCACUCGAGUUCAUCAGAGCAGGAAACGCAUACAAAAUGGCAGAGCUUGAGGAGUUGCUUCGAUAUAUAACCGUCGAUCUUAAGCUGCACCUGAUUCCUCUUAUUCAGACGUUCGGACAUCUUGAAUUCGUACUUAAGUUCGAUAAGUACCGCCAUCUUCGCGAGAUGGAUGAGUUCCCCGCUGUUAUCUGUCCAUCUAAGAACGAGUCGUUCAAUGUCAUCAAGGAAAUGGCCAGACAGAUGAUGGCGUUGCACUCCAAGUUCCAUGUGCGUUAUUUGCACAUCGGCUGCGACGAGGUCUUUCAUCUGGGCGAGUGUACCCUCUGCAGUAUGAAGUCGAAGGAAGAGCUAUUACUCGGCCAUAUGUCCCACGUCGCAGAAUUUGUUCGAAAAGAACUCCAGGUGAUUCCUCUGGUUUGGGAUGAUAUGAUGCGAAAUUAUUCCCCGGAGCAACUCAGAAGGUACCGCUUGCACGAUUUGGUUGAACCAAUGGUGUGGACCUAUGUGAAAGAUGUGUACCGCUUUAUUCCGUACUCCAACUGGAUUACCUUCGGUGAAGUGUUCCCUCACAUCUGGGCUGCGUCUGCUUUCAAAGGCGCUUUUGGUGAGACCUUAACGGUGCCCUCGGCAAAAGGUCACCUAGAGAACAACGUCGCCUGGGUAGACGUGAUUGAAGAGCAAAAAAGCAAAUUCCAUGGACAAUUUCGGGGUCUUGUCAUCACCGGCUGGCAGCGUUACGAUCACUUUGCCACCCUGGCCGAGACCUUCCCUGCUGGAUUCCCUUCGUUGAUCCUUAGUCUUGUCUCCGUUACAGCCGGAGGUUACGCUGGCAGAGAACAAUAUGUUCGAAUGCAAAUGUCAAAGCUGCUCAAUUGUCACGAGCCAAUUCGGCGACUCGAUCUUGAGGCUGACGAAUACCUUUGGAACUCUGUCAGUCGCUGCAUGUUUCCUGGCGCCAACGUGUUUCGCAUGACCGAAAACCAUAGAGAUGCCGUUAAGCACGCCAAUGAGUACUACGAUGGCGUCACCAUUCACAAAGCCUGGCUUACGCCCUACAAUGUGCGACGAAAUUACACGUUCAUUGACCGCAUUGAUCAGGGUCUUGAGGAAUACCCAUCGGUAUUCUAUAGCGUUGCCCUGUUGUCGAGCCAAGCGAGAGACGCGCUUCGAGAGGUAUUUGAUGAAUACACUGUUGCUGAGUGGAUCGAGCAGAAUAUCUAUCCAACUGUCCUUAAAUUGGAAAAGCUCAAGGCAGACGCAGAGUCUUUGAGGAAGGCGCGAACGUGGCCUAAACGGCCGCUACCCAUCAACCCAAAUCUGCAACGUUUUGGGGUAGGCCGGACUGAACUGUAGACUGCGAACACUACUUCGGUAUAGAUGACUGAGUACCGCUGAGGAAUGUUAAAAGGGACACCGAAGAAAUCACUGUAGUUGUAUUAAGCUAAUAGCAAUAAGCCAAUUCGAAUCUUGCGUGAGCGGGUGUGUGUAUGUCUCCAAUUAAAAGGAAACAAUUAAGUCUCCGCUAAUCUCAGUGACCGUACUAAGAAAGAAAAUGAAUGAUCUGUGAUCGACAUCAUGACAAGAAGAAAGGGUCUAAUCUGAUGCUGGGUCUAUCGAUGACCCAGCUGGAUGACGCGAUUUGGGGCCCGUUAGAACAGAUGGCCCUUCACAGAACGCCCCGCACUAAUUUUACUCAAGCGACAUGGUGCUUUAUAAUAUUGUAACAACUAUAUUCGCGAAUGACAAAACAGGAAAUUUACAUGUAUCAGACUAUUGACCGGCGGGGAAUCUACAGCCAGUUAUCCCAAUUCAUCGCGAACACUAAUGGACAUUAUUUAUUAUAGAGUUGAAGGCACCUGUCAAUGGCGACAUGUCCAGUGGCAUGCCAAGGUGUUCGUGGUUUUGUAUAUGUACACGCGGCUACACGUUUGCACUAUUUAGAAUUAUUAUCUAUGAUAUGAUUAUCCCUGCUGACACCGUCAUCAACAUUUUCGUAGUUGUCGUUUAUUUAAUAUGUGCGUAUGAGGACAUUGAACAACAACAUUCAUUAGGUUUGUUAACAAAACUUAUUUACAGAAACUAACGGUAAAUUGUGGAACCGAGCGGUACGAAACGAUAGGGCUGAUCAAGCUUUAUUCAUAGCGAUCAGAGAUGGAGCACUGGCACGUACAUCAACGGAGAAUGAUAUCGCAUCCCCCCCAAAUGAUGACGAUCGGUAUACCGUCUCGGUUGACGUUCAUUUAUUUUGCUCAAAAUAGUAACUUUACGUUACGUCCUUGUGGUGUAAGUGGCUUAUAAAUACAAUUGUUGGUGGUGAAGCUUGCGAUUCUCACAUCGUUUGUGUAGUAAUACGUAUACUAUUGUUAUUACUCGUCAUAAACUUCCAAAAUUACUGUUCUUAGUCCUUAAGAACUUCACGUCGAAGUAAGGCUAUACGUACGCUCGUACGUGCAUAGAUCGAAAUUGAGUUUUGUUUAAUUAAAAUUAUUUGUUUCGAUUUUGCAUUUUGUGCCAUCAGUUCCUCUGCAUCAGAAUAGCAGAAGCAAAAGCUCGUCUUAGGUUUUUGUUGUGGCAGACGCCAUUUGUAUAUGCACUUGUGUAUAUACCCUACACUGUGGGCAGACCUACAACGGCUAUAGCCAAGCUUAAAAAACCUUAAAAACUGUGAACGCUAUAUAAAAAGCAACAUGGAAAGUAUCCCAUAACAUCUUUACUUUAGCGGUUCAGUAAUAUUCAUUGAGCUGGGUGAGACAAGAAGGAGAAGUGGCACCAUGGAAAUACUCUAUUAACACGCAAUGCGAAUCUCUCUAUUUAAUUUCUCUGUUUUGAGAGGCUGUGAACGUAUAGGGUACAGCCUCGAUGCCAAUGGAGCACUUCAACGAAAGUUAAAUGUAUGUCGAUCUUUUGUACGCCGUACUUACUUGAGGUGAGGGGUGUGUGAAUAUCACAGUAACACAAUAGAAGCAUGUAUAGGUUAGAGGAGUUUGAGGCAGGCAGGCAGGUAGGCAGACAGGCAGGCACAUAUGGUAGAUACGGUGUGUAUAUAUAUAUAGGGACUUCUUCGUCUAUAUAUAAAUAUGAAAAGCUCACAUGACAGCGUGGGCGACCGUACCGAACUGGGACAGCAAUGUUGGAUAGUACGCAAAAGCUAAUGAUCAACGGAAAAGCCGAGGCAUACAAGUAAUGAUAGGUUAGGGAGAGAGAGAGCCUUCUAAGCAAGUAAAUAAUGCUGACAGUGAUCACAACAAGAGAAGAUCGUGAUGCUAUGCCAAUUUAUAGUGUUUUUAGUUGCUCAAAUAUAGAAAUAUAGCGAAAUAGAACUCAGCAAGAUACACACGAUAGUAUCAUGGCUAUGCUUAAGUGAGUACACAAACAUAUAUAUUCCUGUCGUCGAAUGGAAUAUAGACAAUACCGAAUCUAUAAAUGCACACUACUGACACAGGUUGCGUAGGGGAUAGACGUGUCGUUGACAGAACUUGAAACAACGGCAACUUUUCCUGUCUCGUUCACCCAGACGCCUAGCCGUCCAAGUAAGCGGUCAACAUAAUAGCGAGCAAACAAUACUAAAUUGUUACAAUAUUUUAGAAACAAAUUUAGCUUUCCUGUAGACACGUGGUGCAUUAGAUAUUGAUGGAGUGCAUACGCCAUGCUCGUCACCAAACGCUUGCCAUUUAUGUCUAACUAGCUAUAACAAUCAACAUAUAACAAAUGUGUAAAAAAAUUGAAUGGCUACUUAAACACUACGAUUCACAUAACCCAAUGACGACUUUCGGCUUUUGUCAAGACAAAACAUUUAUGGGAUUAGUGGUAAUUGUACAGAUAUGCUAUACACAAGCACAGUUAUCUGUAGCAUAUAAAAAGUGUUCACAGUGGAUACCAAUGUAUAAUCUGUAUUCUGCAUAAAGCAAUAGUCAAAGCGUUAGACCAUUGGCUGUCACUAUAGGGGGGGAAGCUAUAGAAAAAAAAAUGCUUGAUUGGUGGGAAGAAGCGGCCUCAAGUAACCGAUUGUCACCUGACUAGUUUCUAUUAUUUCCAUAUUUUGUUCCAGAAACAUAUUUUGUUAUGGCUAUAAUGUUUGAAUAGGAAAUCCACAACUUUUCAAAAAGUAGUUUUCAAAAAUAGACUUUUAAGGAAGAUCAGCUUCAUGCAAUAUGUCACAUUGCAGGAAGUCGAAAAGCAGCACAGUUGUACUCCUUUAAUGCAUAUCAGUAUAUCUGUACAAUAUUUUUUGAGAUAAGCACGAAGCAUUCUUUUCAAGCGUCUCUUUUGUUUAACUGCAAGUAAAUUAGCCAAUAGCUAUUUAGGAGCUUUCUUGCAGCUCUGUGGAAACAUACACUACUACGUAAGCCAAAAAAUAACCAAAACAUCAUAGUAGCCUAUCCAGCAAAAAAUGAAAACGUUUUGAUAAAAAAAUACAUGCUUAGAUCAAUGCAUGAUAACCUGCACCUUCAACACAUUGUAAAUAAAAUCUGUCCUGUAAAAUUUCGCGUCGAAAAUAUUCCUAAAAAUUUAGAUAGAAUUUUGCAUCAUACAGUACAAUGCAUAUUUAAAAUCUACGCUAAAUAUAUGUUUGAAGUUGAUGAAGAUAGGAAAUAAAUACUUUUAUUAAUUUCCUAAAUAGAUCGUGUAGUUGACGCGGAGGAAGCAUCCAUCGAAAGAGCCAGACGCCCUACAGAAACUCCGCGCAUCUCAAUAGCACACUGUUCGCCUCUGAACCGCAGCAAAAAAUUUAAUUUUUUUUCAUCAUUUUCCAAAUGACCGGAAUUCAAUACUUGUAGCAAUUGGGCUCGGACCGUUCUGGUCACAUAGAAAUAUGUAUGAUCUUGUCAAACUGUUUGAACUGAGCGAAUAUUGAUACGGCGAUAAUACAUAAUUGUAUAUAAAAACCAAAAGGUUUUACGUCAAGUCCCUGAUGAUGUGGAAAGAAGUAACAAAAAAAGUACUCAAACAUACCGCAGCUUCGGAAAACUGCGGCCCGUAUGCUUUUUUAGGCUUUCCUGUGCUUGAUGACCCAGUUUCCUGACGCCUGACGCCUGAUGCAACAGAGAAAAAGAGAGCUUUUCGCCGAAACUGAAAAUCGGAAUUAUAUCAGCCCUGGAGCAAAUAUAAGAGGAAAUAAAAGUUCUAUAUUGUAAAUGUCAUUUUUUAGCAGGAGUGCAACUGACAAUGAGCGAAUGUAUGACAGUAUCCAGCGACUGCAUUUAACAUAAACAUAUAAACAGGACUGGUACAUGAUUGUGGAGGUGUUUAGUAUAGAGUUACAGAAGAGUUACUGAAGUAACCGGACAUACAUCGUCUUAACUUUAACCGACUUCCUAGAGCAGAUACAAAUCAAAAUGAAACACAGUGCAGUCUUAGCUUUAUCGGAAAAAUGCUAAAUUCAUGUUAAUGAAUUAACGAGUGAAUGAUGUUAACUAAGUUAAUGGAAAAAUUCUUCCUUACUUACUUACUUAAAAAAACUUUUCCUUACUAAACAA